CCUCCAUGUUUGUAAAGAUGGAGACCAAUGUUGUCACCUCCUUGGUUUAUCCCAUUCUGGUGAUAACACUCUGUUUGAAUCCAGCUCUUGGUCAUAGUGUACGAAGCCCAGAUCGUGUGUCAGAGGCAGACAUUCAGCGGCUUCUUCACGGGGUGAUGGAAGAGCUGGGUAUUGCAAGACCAAGAGUGGAGUACCCUGCGCACCAGGCAGUGAACAUUGUGGGGCCGCAGAAUAUUGAAGGUGGCGCCCAUGAGGGAUUGCAGCACCUGGGACCAUAUGGUAACAUACCAAACAUUGUAGCAGAACUAACAGGGGACAACAUUCCUAAAGACUUCCGGGAAGAUCAAGGAUAUCCAAACCCUCCUAACCCAUGUCCAGUUGGAAAAACAGGUGAAGGAUGCUUGGCGGAUACACCAGACACAGCCCAGUUCAGCAAAGAGUACCAGCUUCACCAAAACCUGUAUGACCCGGAACACAACUAUCCAGGAUUGAACAAAUGGAAUAAAAAAUUACUUUAUGAGAAGAUGAAGGGCACCUCCCAGAGGAAAAAGAGGAUGGUGAAUCCAUACCUGCAGGGACAGAGGCUGGACAACGUUGUAGCCAAGAAGUCUGUUCCGCAUUUCUCUGGUGAAGAGGAAGAAUAAGCAAAACCAAAUGAGUGAGCGUUCUUUGCUGUGAUCCGGCCCGGCGUCCUAUCUGCUGCUCCAGAGCCCCACUGACUGGCAGCCUGUUUAUUAUUUAUAGACCUGUGAAUGGGAACCAGCUGGAUUUAUAACAUUAUGUUGUCAUAGGUAAUAAAAAAUAUAGACUUCUGCUUUCUGUUAAAUUAGAGCGGUAUCUUUUUCUUGUGCAUUUUUGCGAUGCUUUGAGAGGAAGUUUAACCAAUUGCUUGCUGCCACAUAGUGUCCGUGUUCAGAUGUAGUUACCAGUAAGACCCUGCCUCCUGUGUCCGGCUGCGGAGAUCGCUCACUACCUUCUUCAAGGAGUACUGUAAAUUAGAAAUAACCGCA